AUGUCCAGCAAGAAAUUGCUCUUUGGCCUCAUUGCCGCUGUACCGGUCGCUGCUCUACUGACGCCUUUUCUUGCGCUACUACUGCUUCGACUAUGGGGCAGUCUUCUCCACGCUGGAAGUAGCGACCGACGACACGCAAUAUGCGCACAUGUCGAGGAGGAACGCAAAGCUGCGAGGGAACAGCGAAGGAAGUCACAGGAUCUUGGUGAUGACGACUGGGAGAAGGUCGAGAACACCGCAAGUGCCCCGAAUGGCGGUGUGCCGAAGGACACUGAAUGGGAAGGAAUUGUUGGGUUCUUUCAUCCCUUCUGCAAUGCCGGCGGUGGAGGGGAAAGAGUCCUAUGGGCAGCUAUAGCGGCCACUCAAAGACAGUGGCCGAACGCUAUCUGUGCAGUUUAUACCGGCGACCAUGAAAUCGACAAGUCUGCUAUUGUUGCCAAAGUCGAAGAACGAUUUGACAUUGUCCUUCGCGAAGAGACGGUCACUUUCAUCUACCUCACCACUCGCCAGUUUGUCCUCCCCAGCAGCUGGCCCUAUUUUACGCUUCUCGGACAAUCUCUCGGUUCACUGGUCCUAGCAUGGGAUGCAUUCCAUCUCCUUGUUCCCGACAUCUUCAUUGACACCAUGGGCUACGCUUUUGCCGUGGCAUUCUGCAAAUUGCUCUUCCCGUCAGUGCCAACAGCGGCAUAUGUACACUACCCAACCAUCUCUACCGAUAUGCUAGCAUCCCUUGACGACCAGACCGGGACCAGAGGCAUUCAUUCCGGACUCGGCGGAGGACGGCGGGGACAAGUCAAGCGCUACUACUGGCACUUCUUCGCUCGGUUGUACGGCUGGGUGGGCCGACAUAUCGACGUCGUCAUGUGCAACUCUACCUGGACUUACAACCAUAUCAUGGAAGACCUCAUCCACUCGAUCGCCCUCACGCCCCAAACCUCCGCCGCUCGCUCUCGCGACAACAUCAUCCUCUACAUCGCGCAAUUCCGACCUGAAAAGAACCAUAGCCUUAUUCUCCGUGCCUUCUCCCGCUACGUUCACCACCUCUCCCACAACAGCGAUCCUGCGAGACUCGUGAUGAUCGGCUCCGUUCGCGCCAACACACCCGACGAGAAGCACAUUUACGCGUUGAGGAUCGAGGCGCGUGAGUUGGGGAUCAAUGAGCGAACGACCUUCAUCACCGACGCACCAUUCUCGACCAUUCAGGAAUUUUUAGGAAAAGCGAGUAUUGGUGUGAAUGGCAUGUAUGCGGAGCAUUUCGGUAUUGGAAAUGUAGAAGGGCUUGCUGCUGGGCUGAUACCUGUCGUUCACAGGAGCGGAGGGCCGUAUUUGGAUAUCGUGGUGCCUUUUCAGGGUGGGGAGGUUGGUUUUCAUGCGGAGACGGAGCAAGAGUAUGCGGAGGCGUUUGAAAAGGUUGCGGGGAUGGACGGUGAUGCUAUAUUGGCGAUGAGGACACGGGGUAGGGCAAGUAGUCGAAGAUUCGGGGAGGGGGUGUUCAGAGAUGGUUGGGUCAAGAAUAUGCAGGAGCUGGUGAGGCUGCAAAGGAAGAUAAAUCCAGGAAAAAAGAGCUGA